AUGUUCAAGAGGUUCGCUGCUGGUAUCCAACCAAUUGUUAGAUAUCAAUCUACAGUUCGCUUAGAAAAUGAUACUGUUGUAUCAGCUGUAUCUAAACCUAUAUUAAAGGCUUCUAAUAAGAUUUUGCCUGUGAAUGUUGAGGCUGUCUACCAUGCUCCUUUAAGGAAUCCUAUAAAAUAUGGUAAUUUAGUUGCUGAUCUACAAUUAAGAUCCUAUGAUAAUGAAAAUUUGGAUUUCUUUGCAAACUUCAUUUUAAGAGCAGGUUAUUAUCUAGGUAUGCGUUUGACCGGUCCAAAGCCAUUGCCAACUAGAAGAGAACGUUGGACUGUUAUAAAAUCACCUUUUGCCCAAGCAAAAUCGAAGGAAAAUUUCGAAAGACACACGCAUAAAAGAUUAGUUAGAGUUUGGGAUACUAAUCCAGAAGUACUAGAUUUAUGGCUAGCGUAUAUUAACAAACAUUCCAUAGUGGGUGUAGGUAUGAAAUGUAACGUAUUCCAUAGAGCUCCGAUUUGUAGAGAUUUUGAAAAAGGAGAUACUUCAAAGAAGUUAAAUGAAUUAGAAAAAAUGAGAAAAACUGAAUUUGAUAAUGUUGAUGAAUUGGUAGGAGAUAAAGUGGUAGAAUUAUUAAACAGUUCAGAUUUCAAAAGACAUCUAUGA